AUGGUGGAAGAGGAAAUCACUAAAGUUGAGUCAGACAAUAAAAUUAGGAAAGGACAGGAUAAGCAAACUGAGACAAUACUAGUAGAAGAACUGGACAUUUCAAUAAUGACAAAAGAAUUAGCAAGGAAACUCCCAGAGGAUCAACAGGGCGACCCUAUGGAAAUUGUUCAAGGGUUAAGAUUCAUGGAAGUAAUGUUGUGUAUAAAUAAUACCAACAAUGUAUCAGUCCAGUGGAAG